AUCUGCCAAUUAGUUUUUCUGCAAUAUUUUCACGUCUAAGAUUCUAGCCAAAACAAAUUCUUAUUCUCUGUUGUAAAAAUGUAAAACUUCUUUUAUAAAAACUUGUUAGUUACUUUGAAGUUUAAAUUUUGAAAUUUUCGGUUAUCAGUAGUUGAGAACGCCGCCGCUUAUUGUUCGUUACUUUUGUUCUCCCGCCUUCUGUUCUUUUCAGUUAACUUGCUGUUCCUUGUUUUUGUAAGACUGUUUUAUCAAGUUAUAAGUCGUGUGAGUUGUAUUGUCGAACGACCAAUUCUAGGAUUUUUUUAAAAACUAAACAGCUUCAAUCAUGAAGAAAGCGUCCCUGGGUAGGAGGUCAUCUGUGACGAUGAGAGGCAACAGUAGGUUGAGCAGUACAAAAGAUUUUGAAAGUGCAAGGAAAGAACGGACAUCUGGCAUUCCGGUCAGAGCGAGCUCUUAUGACUCGAUCAACGUGGCCAGAAUGCCCGGUUCGGCUGUUUCGUCCAGAUCGAAAAGCUCCACCAGGAUGGGUGAAAUGACGCCGCAGAGCGAACGUCGCCAAACCUUCACAGAUAGGCCUAGCAGAGCUAAUACGUUGAGCACCAAUUCAUCGAGAAUGAGCAGCAUGGGCGGGACAAAGUCUAAAAGGGACAACCGGCCUUUACAAGAUAAAGAAUGGCAAAUGAUGGCUAAAGAGAAGAUCGAGUAUUUUCUGAGCACUGUUCCCGAGGGCCAUAAUAUCUUGAUGACGUUAGGAGUGAACGGAUCGAUCAAGCCUCUUUCUCUCAGGCUCUUCAUAGAAUUGGUCAAUUAUUUGCUCCAGUGCCUCGACUCUUCCAUAUCAAUCGACAAACAGAACUAUAUCACAGAAUUGCAAUUUAUUUGCAAAAAGAUGUCGUAUAGAGGAAAAGUAGAAAAAUCCUGGCUGAUAUCAGUGAAUACACCUCAUUCCUGGAUGCAUGCUCUGGGACUUCUCCAUUUCUUAACAACAUGUGUUGAAUGCAUAAAUCAAAAUCCAAUCAAUUUACUAUUCCCAUCAAAUUUUGAGGGUGAAGAUGUUGGCGAUUUUUGGAAUUUUAAAGAGAUGAUACCAUAUUUAUUGGAAUCGUAUAAUUUGCUCUUGUCCAACUCGCCCCACUAUGAAAAGCUCCAACAGCAACUGGACGAAAAAAUUAUCAGGAUUCACACCGAGGACAAUAUUUUGGAUAAACUGAAAAUCGUUGAAGCUGAAAUGUAUGCAAUCGAAGAAAAAUACGAAGAGAUUGCAAUGCAAAAGCAUACACUUUAUGAUAAUGUUGUGCAACUUGAGGAAGAGAUCCCAGGAAUCGAUGUUCAAAUAGAACACCAUAAAACAAAUAUAGAAACACUGAAAGCCAGGAAUAGUCAAGUGAAGGAAAAUAUAGAAUACAAAGAAAAACGUGUGGAACAAUUAAGAGAAGAACUGGAGAUGAAAAAAAAUGAAAAAUCUGUGAUACUCAAAAUGGUGAAGGAACAACGAAUAUCUCAUACAGACAUUGAGAAUUUGAAGCGAAUCCAGUCAGCCGUCCAACAAGAAAUUGAAGUUGACCGUAAAUACAUCCUCGACUAUGAGGAAUUACUUUUCAACGAGGAUCUUAAGGUUGCCAAGCUUAAGACAGAGUUGGAGGAUAAUAUAAGAAACUACAACAUUAACCUAGCCAAGUGUUUAAUGGUGGAGCCAGAAUUGGACAAAGCCGUGCUGGAGAAUGUCGUGAAUAAAUUGGAUCUGGAGAAUUUUCUUUCAGUACAAAAUGUAUUAAUGCACCUUAAACAUAAAUACAGCGAAAGCUAUUCCAUAACAGAGGCUAAAGUAAAAGAAACUGAGGAUAAAAUUACUGAGGCAUUAUCUGUCAUCAACAAAUUAGAGAAAUGUUGUGAGGAAAAAAUGUCUACAUUAAAUUCUUUGAAAAGUAUAAUGGAAGAGACUAAAAUUGCACAAGAAAAGAAAUUGGAAGAAUUGAAUUUGAAGCUUGAAGAAUAUGUCACGAAACAGAAAGAUCUGAAAAGAAAGGAGCUGACCAAACAGUCAGCCGAAAAUUUGGAAGAUUUAUUAGCCGUCGUGAAUGAGAAGAAGAAAAAGGUUGAAAAUAUUAAAAAAACGAUGAAUUUCUUUGUGGAGAGGGCGACGUGUAUUAUUGGCCAACUGAAAACUAAAUUCUACGAUAAAUAUACAAUUUAAAUGUAUAAUUUUAAAUAAGUUAAUUAAACUUUUUUCCUUACUUUUUCAAUUGUAGGAUCCUGAAAUAUCUGGAUAAUACAAUGUACAUAUUUGUCUGUUUGUGUUUAAUGUAAUAUAUGUAUAUGUCAAAUAAAUUUAUUUUAAAAUGCGA